AAUACACUACAAUCAAAAAAACAUAUAUACAUCCUCAAGGAAGGAUCUUAUCUCUCCAAUAUGGACCACGAGGAAAUACCAUCAAUGCCCUCAACGCCGGCGACAACACCGGGGACUCCAGGAGCACCGCUCUUUGGAGGUUUCGAAGGGAAGAGGAAUGGGCAUAAUGGUAAAUACACACCAAAGUCAAUUCUGAAAAGCUGCAAAUGUUUCAGUGUUGACAAUGAGUGGGCUCUUGAAGAUGGAAGACUCCCUCCUGUCUCUUGCGCUAUACCUCCUCCUAACGUCUCCCUUUACCGUAAGUUGGGAGCAGAGUUUGUUGGGACAUUGAUACUGAUCUUCGCUGGAACAGCCACUGCGAUUGUGAAUCAGAAGACAGAUGGAGCGGUGACGCUUAUAGGCUGCGCCGCCUCGGCUGGUCUUGCCGUUAUGAUCGUUAUAUUAUCGACCGGUCACAUCUCCGGGGCACAUCUAAACCCGGCUGUCACCAUUGCAUUUGCUGCUCUUAAACACUUCCCUUGGAAACAUGUGCCGGUGUAUAUAGGAGCGCAGGUGAUGGCGUCCUUGUGUGCGGCUUUUGCGCUAAAAGCAGUGUUUGAACCAACGAUGAGCGGUGGUGUGACGGUACCAACGGUGGGUCUCAGCCAAGCUUUCGCUUUGGAGUUCAUAAUCAGUUUCAACCUUAUGUUUGUUGUCACUGCCGUAGCCACCGACACUAGAGCUGUAAAUCUUACACUUCAUACUAAAUUUUAAAAAGAACAAAAACUGUUGAAACACCUAUCAGUGUCUGAAAAUAAAAUAUAAAAUGACAGGUGGGAGAGUUGGCGGGAAUAGCGGUAGGAGCAACGGUGAUGCUUAACAUACUCAUAGCUGGACCAGCAACUUCAGCUUCGAUGAACCCUGUAAGAACACUAGGUCCAGCCAUCGCAGCAAACAAUUACAGAGCCAUUUGGAUUUACCUUACUGCCCCGAUCCUUGGAGCGUUGAUCGGAGCAGGAACAUACACGAUCGUGAAGCUGCCGGAGGAAGACGAAGCACCCAAAGAGAAGAGGAGCUUCAGGAGAUGAUCCAUUAUAAAUAAAUCUUCAAAUCCAUUCGCCAUGUUUCUCUCAUGUUUGCAUUACUAUGUGUAUAAUAUAUUCUCUGACGCCAGAGAUAUAUAUCAUUAUAUAUUAUAUAAGCUUUUGAAAACAUUUGUCAGGCUCAGAGCUCAUAACAGAAUCAAUCAACAAUAGCAUGGAAAAUAGAAUGUUC